UCUGGAAACAGCUGAUCGGGUGAUCACAUCAAAUUUGCUAUAUUUGUGACAAGAGGCUCGGCGUGAAAUCUAUUCCUGCAAUGUCUAAGUCUAAACCUAUUGUAUUGAGAGUCCAAUCUGCUGAAGGAACUAAGCGAAUCGAAGUACAGCCAAGCGACACUGUUGUGAAAUUAUUCGAGAAGGUUCACGAUGUGUUCUCGCUGUCGGGUUUCGCGUUCUCGUUGUUUCGCGAGCGCAACAGCAAGGCUGAGCUGGUGUCAUCGCGUAGCAAGACGGUGUCGGCGUCAGGGCUGAAGCACGGCGACAUGAUCUACUUGGCACCGCUGAAUGGAGCCAUGCUGUGGGACAAUCCGCGGCCGGGCACUAGUGGCUCAAUGGACGGCGCUGUCGCUAGCACCAGCACCAGCACCAGCACCAGUCGGCCGUCAACCUCUAUGAGUGUUGACAGACCGUCUCAGUCGUCUGGAGUUCAAAGUAGACAAAGCAGUCUUCCCUAUCUGGAGGAUGAAGUCGACCAAAUUCUAUGGAAACAGGAUGGAAAAGUGCAAAGGAAACGCGAUGAAAAACUGUGUCGCCACGGCUCAAACGCGUGUUGUGUUCACUGCUCACCGCUGGAAUCGUACGAUGAGGCCUACUUGAAAGAGCAGAAUGUAAAACACAUGUCAUUUCAUGCCUAUCUCAGGAAACUCACUGCCGGCGUCAACAAGGGUAAAUUCGUGACAUUGGAGAACAUAAAUUGUAGAAUAAAACCAGGAUGCAAAGAUCAUCCCCCCUGGCCUAGAGGAAUUUGUUCAAAGUGCCAGCCCAGUGCCGUCACACUCAAUCGCCAGGUCUACAGGCAUGUGGAUAGUGCAAUGUUUGAGAAUCCGCAGUUAGUGGAACGAUUUUUGGAUUACUGGAGGACCACAGGUCACCAGCGUAUUGGCUAUCUGUAUGGCAGGUACGAAGUGCACAAUGAUGUACCGCUGGGUAUCAGAUCCACUAUAUCCGCCAUCUAUGAGCCUCCUCAGGAAAGUAGUAAAGAUCAUGUGAAACUGUUGCCUGAUGAGAGAGAAGCGCUGAUAGAUGAAGUCGCUGGAAAGUUGGGUCUUAGACGAGUUGGCUGGAUAUUCACAGACUUGUUGCCAGAAGAUCUCAAAAAAGGAACGGUGAAGCACAUCAGGAACAUGGAAAGUCAUUUUCUGACCGCUCAAGAGUGCAUAAUGGCGGGUCACUUGCAGAAUCAUCAUCCAAACGUGUGUCGCUUCUCUCCGUCGCAGUCAUUCGGCUCAAAGUUCGUCACUAUCUGUGUAACAGGUGAUAAGACAAAUCAGGUGCACAUGGAGGGCUACCAGGUGUCGAACCAGUGCAUGGCGUUGGUGAGGGACGAGUGCCUCAUUCCCACCAGGGAUGCUGCCGAACUGGGCUACAUAAAGCAAUCAACAGACAAGCAGUUUGUGCCGGACGUCUAUUACAAGGAAAAAGACUCGUACAACAAUGAAGUUUCAAGACUGGCUCGACCACUACCUGUUGAAUAUUUACUUGUUGAUGUGCCUGCGUCAAUGCCUCUCACACCAGUCUACACGUUCAACUCUGAUACAAAUAUAAGACCUUUCCCAGUCGAAAAUAGGUUAAUUGAUGGUCAAAUCCAAGAUUUCUCCCAGCUGUCAUCGUAUCUUCAACAAUUCAAUCCUGAUCAGUUCCUGAUUGCUGCGUCAGAUUUUCAUUUCCUUUUGUAUAUAGCUACAAUGGACAUGUUGCCGAUGAAGGAGCACAUGGACCGGCUACUGGAAGCGGUGCGAACCAAGGACGCUGAGCUUGCGUUGGAGUGGUCUCACUCGGAGCACUGGGCCACAGUCGAACAGCUGAUCGCCGCAUCGAGCGGGGGUGCCGAGGGGGGAGGAGGAGCUAUGGCCGACGCCCCCCAUCCGUCCACCCCCAUGGAGGGCGGACCGGCUCAGUGGACUUGCCCGCACUGCACUUUCCUCAACAUGCCGCACCUGCAUGCAUGCGACAUGUGCAGCCUGCCGCGGUAAUGAGCUGAAGCCUCAUGUUGCCGCAAAACGAUGGUGAAGCUUCAAAUCAAUCACCCAUGCUGUGGUAACAUGUUACAUAAUGAUGGUGAAGCUUCAUCACGGUUUGAUAGUGUAGCCUCAAAAUUUAAAUUUUUCACCAACCGGAUUUCGAAGCCAUAAAGCCAACAAGUCAUCAUCAUGGUGAUAAGUACUUCUCAUUUAAUGAUAGUUAAGCUCAAAAAUGGAAUACUUUCACAGCCAGUAUUUUGAAGCCAGCACAUAAUAUUAUUGGUGAAUCAUCAGGAUAGAUAUAUUCGUCAUAGCUGGAUUGUCUAUGACCUUGAAAUCGAAAUGUUUGUAAAUCUACUAAAUGAUCACCAACAUGGAGAUGUUGCCAUGUUCAUCAAAACUUCAUGGUGAUAUGUUUACAUAUAACUGUUUGUGAAUCUAAAACAUUAUUAAUGUUGACAGUUUAUGAUCAUAUGUUAUUGUGGUGAACUUUUUUAGUAUUUGGAAUAUUCGAUGGCUUUUUAUUGGUGUGGCGUAACUUAUAUAAAGGUCUCAUCUAGCCUAACUUGUUUUUGAUAUUGAUUAAUGCUUAGUCUAUUACAUAAACAAGUUGGCCGAAAUAAAUAAUAUGUAGCUGAAACGUCAAUAUCAAAAUGUUGAUGGUGAAUCUUUAGCUGAUACAUCUUGGGGGGGGGGGGGCUCCACUACAAAAUUCCGAUCAAGCUUCAACAUCAAUAAAUUCUUGAAAAGUGAUAUCGAAUGAUUUCUUUGAUCAUUUGACUUGAACUAUUAUGUGGUAUUAUCAGGUGGCCGCCUGUCUAAAUUUUGCAAAACAAUUAUAUUUAUAGUGUUUAAAUAUAUUUUUGGUGAGACAAUUGAGCUGAUCUGGAAUUGAAUUAAGCAGAAAAUAUACUUAUAGUGUCUAAAUUAUAUUUUAAUGAUUGCAAUAGGUGGAAGCUAAUGUGCUGGAACAGUACUUGUAGUAAACUAUCACUAUAUAAUUGAGCGAAAAAAAUUGAUUUGAGUUAUACUUUUGAUGAAUGCAGUCAAUCCUAUAAGAAACAAUAGUAAGUUUAUGAACAUUAUUAUUGUUUUAUUUCAAACAUCUUAUGCUGUGUAGUCAUGUCCGACUCCAGAGUAUUUCUCAUUGGUAUGUUCUUCUACCAAGUAAGAAAAGAGAAUUAUAUUUAUGAAACAUUUUGCACCUAAAAUUACUAGUCUUAAUGACUUUUAAUCUUUUCAUUAAUUCCAAUUUUAAAAAUAUACGAUUAGUGUUCGUAACUUUGCACCUAAGUAAGGAACAGAUUCAAUUUUAAGAAUUGAAGUUUGUAAAAAUGGAAGGAUGUUGUUUAUUGUAAUAAAAUUUUCUUAACACGAAAACUUGCUGUGAAGUCCAUGAAAUAUUUUUUGAUUGAACAAGGUUUCGUCUUAGAGGAUAAGAUGUUGAUAGUUAAGGGCCAUAUUUAUUCAUGAUUCAUGAACGAUGAUUAAAGUAGAGCCACACACGUAACGUGGUUUAAAUCUGUGGUAAGAACAUAACGAUUAUUUAGUUAGGUUGCCUUGGAAGCUGUCCAGUACUUAGUUGCUAAGCAAAUAAGUCCGUGCUUAGGUAAGUUUUCAGACCAACAUCUAUCUAUGAAUACGGCCUCAAGUUUAUGAAAACAAUAUUUACUACAUUAUUUAUGGUUUACAUAGAGAUUAGUUGAGUUUUUUCCAAUUGAACUUGAUUCUAUUAAUUUUGUUUUAGCCCGUUACUUUAAAUUUGUCGCUCAUGCAAUAAACUGACGGCAGAAUUGAAUAAUCUUCCGGCAGUUUAUUUGCCUUUGAGCAAUGAAAUUAUGAGGCCUUGAAACGCCUGACUAUUAGCUACUAAGCUGCCUACAGAGCUUUGUACUUCCACUUCUCAAUUUCUACAUAAGAAUAUAUUGAUAACUUGAAAAAAUGUUAUUAUUGUUAAUAAAAUUUACCUUUAUUGAAUUAAAAAAUGUCUGAAAGUCUGAAAUAAUUAUUGUGAAGAUAGCUUGAAUAAUGAAAACAAAUAUUGAUACUUUUCAAAAAUACUAAAUUGCUUUUUCUAAAAUUUAGUAUUGUCUUAGUGCUUUACUUAUUUAAAUUGCAAGAGGUCCCGUUUCUCAAUUUUGUGAUUUCUUAUCAGAAAAAUGUCGAUUCGAAUUUGUUCUAUCCUAUUUAUUUGACCUGAUAUUAUGAAAAGUCUACCGUCUCUCCAUGAUAAUAUUUUAAACGAUCUGGCACACAAAUUAUGAUUUUAGAUAUAAACAUUUCUAUAAAUAAGAUUACAGACUACAGGCUGAUCCCGACCAUUUAUUGAUUUGUUCAGCUUUUGUAUUCAUAGCAAUCUAUGAAUUCUAUACAUCUAUUUUCUAAGCAUAUUAUGUAUUCCAUACAUGUAUAUCAUGGAACAAAUCCAUUCACUAAUGACAUCUCUUAUAUUUUUUU